CAACAUGAUAUCAAGCAGUUAUAUCUUUUCACGCGAUAACUUUAUUAAUAAAUGAGUAUUCAAUACGCGAUGGAGGGUUUCCUACAUCAUAUGGCGCCGCAGUUCCUGCACCCUGCCUUGCAAAGCUUUGGAUGUGGUGCAUUUCGGCCCAUCGGUGGUGCUUUUCAUCCCCUCUACCCUGGCAAAGCAUUCGCCAGACACCUAGGAGAACAGUACGCACUUGGGCAAAGCGUCGGACAGGCACUCAGGAAUGUUCGUGAUGACACCAACACGCCACCGCUAUAUCGGCACAGCUAUGCCGUACGAGACGACACCAGUUCACCUGGAUCUGCAGCCUCAGCAUCUCCAAGACCCUGCAAGGAUGAUGAGACGACACCUGCUACUCCCUGCUCUGAUUCUCAUGACUUAUUUUCACCGGACGGUGAACGAAAGUCAUCUUGUGGAGUUUGCGGCACCAGGCUUGGUCCAGGAGUUGCUCAGGCCCACUUUUUGCAAGAGCUGCAGCAUCUUUAUAGCUUGACAGCUUUACCUAGGGAUGUGUCUGCACCUCCUACUCACUCGCUUCACCAUCAAGAUGAAGAUGCUCGUUGGGAGACGUAUCAACGAAUCCGUGCAAACCGCCAGCGACGUCUCAAACUGCGUACGCGCAAGCGUCACCAUACAGUCGAAAGUAUGUUGGGCUAUGAUUUAGAAGAUGAGCGGCGAGAGGAAAGACCGCGUGAGACAAGGUCCUACGAUGCUGAAGACGAACCCGUUGACGUUGAGGGUGACUCCCUGGGAUGGCCAGAAGCGGCGAUCAAUAUUGACGAUAAAGAACAACGUGGCGAUAAUGAAAAACUACAUUUGAAUUAUUCCGAGGAUUUAGAAAUAUCGAGUACUAACGAUGCGAUGCAGUCGCCUGAACGAGUGAGUUCUGUACCACGAAUGGAAACUCCAAAACCGUUAUCUCUUGAAUGCACAAAAAUUGAAACAGCCGAGCGACCGGCCGAGGUGACAACUACUGAGUGGGCCAGCGGUGCUCCACCGGAAAACUGGCCGACUCUGACCGAAGCUUACGUGCAUGCUCGUCACAAAUUGGAAGGCGAGAUGCCUUCUUCUACCGAUUCCCGCAACUAAACACUUCACUGGCUCGUUCUCGUGUAUGCAAUUAAUAAUUUCGUAGAUAAUCCGUACUCGUAGCAGAUUAUAGACAUCGCUCAAAUACCUUAUGACAUUAAAUCUAGGGUUAUGAGUAUGAUUUCAGAAAUCAUACUUAUUGCGUAGUCUUGACUCUCUCGAAUUGUUAAAAAUGGAAAACGUUAGAAACAGUAUUCUUAUGUAUGUACACGAGAAUUAAUCCUGGUCAAUUAAAUCUAGCCGCAAUGGAGUAAAAUUAUUUAACUUUCUUUAUUCAUAGCUUAAUGGGGACAUGGAAGUGCCAAUUCAUAGCUUCGAAUAAUAUCGUUUAAGCUGUGAGUAAUAAAUCGUAGCUAUAGCCAAAGAACUCUACGUUUCGCUAUUGCUAAUCUUCUUUGUAUAGUCUCAUUUUUGCUGUAUUAAUAAAACUUACCAGUAAAAACAGGAACCGUAUAUAGGUUUUUAUGCUGUUGUUUGUACGUCAUAUUAGAAAAAAAUUAACUAGAAUUAUAUACUCAAUUACUAAUAGACACUACUUUAGAAAAUAUGUGUAUUUAAAAAUAAUAUCAACACUUACUACAUGUUUAUAGAUAUAAGAUUUCUAAUGGGCUAACGUGUAGAAAAUAUGAUUUGUCUUCCUUUAAAUAUAGCACUCAGAUAAAUUAUGUAGUUUCUUUGUAUAAUAAAAAUUGUACACAACCAAUUAUAAACGGCCCAACUAUGUAAGUAGCGCGAUUUACGAAAAAACUAUAAUUUAUCUGAUUACAAAAAUAUUGUAAAUAUGUAAUGCUUUGUAUGUUUAAAUACCCGUUCGUAUAAUAUGCUAUUUAUUAAUUAGCAGUUAAUCUUAUUCAUAAAAACUAAACCAAGUAGACCAUGUCGUCUGUGAAAUUGUGUUUACGCUAAUCCUCAGUUUUAGUCAGUCGAGACUAGGCGUUGUAACUCCCGUUAUCCCGUAUAUCAAAAACGUUGUGACAUACUUAGCGCCUAGUCUCUGAAUUUUACGUCGCUUAAAGGCCGAUUUACAUUAUCUUAGUGUUUAGGAGAGUGCUUUAGGAUAGUACUUUAGUUGAAACA